AUGUCUUCUGAUUUUUAUGAUUCUGAUAACUCCAUUUACUGCCAACAUUCAAGCCCAGAAAUGGCCUCUUUUGGUGCUGCAGACCCUAAUUUUUACACUGAACCUUUUUCUCCUUUCUUUGAUUCUUCCCUUGAUAUCUUUCAAGCAAUCUCAAACUCAAACAUCACCUCAAUAAUAAAUCCAAAUCAACCGGUUGAUGAGUCUUCCUUAAUGGACCAAGUUGCACAUACUAUUCUUUCUUCUUCGCCGCCAAGUCACCUUCUUGAAAAUCUGAGCCUUUGCCAAUCUACUUAUUUGCAGCCUUUUGCAAAAGGGUACCAAGAUUUCUCUAGUUUAGACGCCAUGGAAGUCAAAAGAGAGGAGUCUUUGGUGGGUUUUGAUUCUUGUUGUAAUCAACAACAACGAUCCUUUGUUCCUCACAGUCAUAGUGGUGUUGAAAAUGUAGCAAAGUAUACGCAGAUGAGUUAUAGAAUCAAUUCUUUCGAUAAUAAGUCUGGUUUGCCCUUUCAACCUCGCUUUGAUAUUCUGAUGGAGCCUCCGAAUUUCCACAACCAAGCCCUGAGUUCACCUAGAAGUAAUUUUUUCAGUGGAGAUUUACAAAAUAUAAGAACAGCACAUAAAACACAGAGGUCUUUUUCAAGACAUUUAGCAACAGAGAGCCCAUUUAGCGAGGAAGCAAACUUCAAAGUUGGGCGUUGCAGUGCUGAAGAAAGACAAGAAAAGAUUUUGAAGUACAGAGCUAAACGAAAUAAAAGGAACUUCAAGAAGAUGAUUAAGUAUGCAUGCCGCAAAACGCUAGCGGACAACCGACCACGUAUACGUGGCAGAUUCGUAAGCAACGACGAAAAUGGAGAGAUUCCAAAGCUACAUGUUCGAGUUCGACCAGAAAUGAAGGCGAAGACGAGCUCUGGCUUUCGUGCGUUGCAUGAAAAAGAAGAUCAUGUGACAAUGAGAGAAGCAGCUUUUGUGAGCAGUUCCGGUAUUAUGGCUGCUUUGGAGAUAGAUGGUGAAGCUUUUUCCAAUUAG